AUGACCCAACUUUGUACUAAAUUUAAUACAAAGUUGGGUCAUCUAUUUUGGAACGGAGGGAGUAAUAUGGAGUACUGCAGGUUUCUCCAAAGCCUUGAUGAUCCAGAGAUCAGCUACAGUGUAGCCAUAACUACAUUUUGGAUAAUCGAAACCGUGUACCAGGAUAGUUUUGCUUUCUGCAUAGAAGAAGGUAACAAGACGCCGGCGGAGCUCCUGGGACCUGUCAGAGAUGGGGCAGCCCUGAGUUCAAGCAGUACUGCCAGUCUCUGCAGCGGAUCGCUGAUCGCUGCUUGGCGAAUGCGCCACAUGAUGUUGUUGUUGUCAAGAGAGCUGAAGAGGCCUUUCUUGGUGUGCUCGAGCUGGAGAUUGGAUUCUGGGACAUGA